ACACACACACAGAGAGAGAGAGAGAGUGAGAGAGAGAGAGAGGCUCUCACUGUGACACCAAUCAGAAAGAAAAAGGAUUUCCUCUGGGAAGAAACCACAAAAACAACAAACAGGCCAAACGAUGGCCAACUUUGGAGGGCACGCGAUUCCUGGCACCUUUUUCUUGUUUUAUGGCUUUUGGCUGGUGGUGAAACACAAUAUCCAGCACUACUGGAGGACGAGGCAGCCCAAAGGGAGACAAGUCACGCCUCCUUUCUUUAAGAAAAUGGAGUACUUUGAAGGAGGACUUCAAAUCUUCGCUUCCUUUGUGGGUAUUAUGGUUGAGCAGUUUGUGGUGGACGGCCCCCACGCCCGCCUCUACAACAGGGAGGAGACUUCCUGGGUCAAGCUGAUGAACUGGCAGCACAGCACCAUGUAUUUGUUCUUUGGUAUUUCAGGAAUAGCAAUGAUUGCUUGUGCUUUAUCCAAAAACGUGCCAGCAGGGGUGGACCGACUUACUAUCUCCUUGGCCCUUUUUGUUGAAGGGUUUCUGUUUUAUUUCCACGUGCACGGCCGGAAACCUCUGGAUGCUCACAUCCACACCCUGCUGCUGGUGGCUGUGUUCGGUGGCUCGGCCAGCUCCAUGCUGGAAGUGUUUGUCAGUAACAACUUUAUUCUGGAGCUGACCCGGGCGGGCCUGUUCAUCCUGCAGGGCUCGUGGUUCUACCAGAUUGGAUUUGUCCUUUACCCGUUAAAUGGAGACGUGUGGGAUUUGGAGCUACACGACAACCUUAUGUUCGUCACGAUGUGUUUCUGCUGGCAUUUAGCUGUGGCUCUGCUUUUAGUCGCUUCCACCUCCUCCACAGUUUGGCUAACCAUGACGAGAUGCUCCAAGAAAGGUAGAGACAUCGAGAUUGGAAUGAGAGACGCGUCGUCCAAAUCAAGCAUUCAGAAAGGUUUACUGGAACAGUCCGAUGAGGAGUGACGACAAUAACCGUUUGGUUAUUUUUACUGAAAUUUGUUAAUAGAAAAAAUGUGAUUUCCAU